UUGGGGGAGGAGCCGGCUGGGAGGCCCCGCGCUGUGUUCAUGUGUUGUUGUUCGCGAGCGUUUGGCAGCAGCCGUGCGAGCGGCGCAGAGUGACACGAUCCGAGGGUGGUCGACCCGGUUCGCCUUCGCGCCUCUUUGGGGGGGCCGGGGAAGACGCUGUAACUUUUUUUUUUUUUUUCUUCCCCUGGUCCGAGUGGGGAAGACUACCGGAGGUUUAUUCCCCCCGUGUGUCGCCGUGAGACGCUUGGACAUAAGGUCCUCCUUGGUUCGGGUUUGUGUGUGUGUGUGUGUGGUGGUGGCGGGGGGGGGAUGCUGGAGCUCCUCUGAGAACAGCACCGUCGCCGAGUCUUUUCUCAGGAUUUCCCCCUUUUUUUUGGCGACGAGAAGCCCAAAUUUAAACAACCUGCCAUUCAUUUAUUUUCUCCCCCACCACCACCACCACCACCACCCCCCCAAAAAUGGUGUUCCUCCGGGUCAGGAAAGGGGAAGUUACGUGACAACACCCAGCACGACGACCAGCGUUACUUUCCCUCCGAGGCCGUCCGCCCCGGGGGGGCUUUUUAAACAUCCAGCUGCGGGGAUUUGAAUCAGCAAAUUGAUGCAUCUCGGGGUGUCUGAGUCCAUGAGAGAGUGCGAGUACAAUCAAAUCAGCACUCGCAGCUCCACACCGAUGGAGACCCCUCACAAGAGCAGGACCCCAAAGAAGAGGAAGUGGGAGUCCUUCCCCGGUCGGAACAAAUUCUACUGCAAUGGGAGGAUUAUGAUGGCCAAGCAGACGGGGGUUUUCUACCUCACCCUUAUCCUUAUCCUGGUGACUUGUGGACUCUUCUUCACCUUUGAUUGUCCGUUCCUGGCCCGCCAGCUGACCCCGGUCAUCCCAGUCGUCGGAGGCGUGCUGUUCCUGUUCGUGUUGGGGACGCUCCUGAGAACCAGCUUCAGUGACCCGGGGGUGCUGCCCAGGGCCAACCCCGAUGAAGCAGCUGACCUGGAGCGGCAAAUAGACGUGGCCAAUGGCAGCACGGGCUACAGGCCUCCCCCCAGGACCAAGGAGGUGGUCAUCAACGGCCAAACGGUCAAGCUGAAGUAUUGUUUCACCUGCAAGAUCUUCAGGCCGCCCCGAGCCUCCCACUGCAGCCUCUGUGACAACUGUGUGGAGCGCUUCGACCACCACUGUCCCUGGGUGGGGAACUGCGUGGGACGGAGGAACUACCGCUUCUUCUACAUGUUCAUUCUCUCGCUCUCCUUCCUCACCAUCUUCAUCUUCUCCUUCGUCAUCACACACAUCAUUUUGCGCUCCCAUCGAUUCGGGUUCCUCACCGCUCUCAAAGACAGUCCUGCCAGUGUGCUGGAGGUGGUGGUGUGUUUCUUUUCGGUCUGGUCCAUAGUGGGCCUCUCAGGCUUCCACACCUACCUGAUCAGCUCCAACCAGACCACCAAUGAAGAUAUAAAAGGUUCGUGGUCUUCUAAAAGAGGAAAGGACAACUAUAACCCGUACAGCCAUGGCAAUAUAUUCACCAACUGCUGUGCAGCACUGUGUGGACCCCUGCCACCAAGCCUCAUCGACAGACGGGGCUUUGUCCGACCCGACGCGCCGCAGCUGGCACCGCCGACCAACGGCGCCACGACGUACGGCGCCACGCAGUCCCAGCAGAGCCACAUGUGUGACCAAGACCACUGCAUUCAGGGCACCAAAUUCGUUUUGCAGGCCGCCGCCGCCACGCCGCUCCUCCAGCAGCACAGCAGCGAGCCGGUCAUCCUGACCACCUGCCCCGAGAACGGAGGCGCUCUGCCGGGCCGCGGCCCCCUGACCCUGGGCGGCCCGUGCGGCCCGCUGCCCCUCGGGCAGCCCACCCCGCCGACGUCCAACCCCAGCCUCGGCUGCCACGAGGCCGCAGACAUGCUGCCCGUCCACGGCCACGGCCACUCGCACGGCCACGGCCACCCGCUCCAGGAGCCGGCGGCCCACCACCACUUUCUCACCCCGGAGGAGGUGCCCUCGCCCCCGGGUAUGCUGCCCUGCGGCAGCCCCAUGGGCCACAACCACGCGGCGCAGGCGGGCUUCUACAACCCGGCCAGCCAGGACUCGCUGCACGAGGACUCCGUGAGAGGAUUGGUGAAGCUCAGCUCCGUCUGAUGGGAUGUCAACCAAACCCCCACCCCCCCCCCCCCCAAACACGCUUCCUAGUCUCUCCUCAGCAGGACCUGAGAGCUGGAAGGAGCGGUGGUUUAAAUUCAGCUGCUACUAACUGAAUGGAAUUUAACUGAAACGUUUGUCCUGUGGCGUCUCCAACUAGGAGGGACGUUUUCUAGUGCGGUGGCCUGUGAGACAACAUGUGCUUCUUCGUUUUCUUUUUUUACUUCACGGGAAAAACAUUCCAUUGUCUCCUGCAAACUGGACUGCGAUCGAGAGACCUUUCGUGUUUUGACAGUAGCUGACAUUUUUUGGUCAAACUAAUGGAUUUUUGUCAACGGAUCACAGAUCUUUUUGUAAAAACAAACUUUUGCCGUCUUGCCUGUGGCUGAUUGGAAAGUGUCUUUUGCCUUUUUUCUUAGACAUUCUCAGCAGUGCAAUAGUGUCAUGACGUUGCAUAUCAUCCUGCUUUUCUAUGUAAAAAAAAAAAAACAAGAGACUAUUGUACUGUAACAUGAUUAUUACAAAUCUUACAAAUUACUAUAUUUCUUGUGGACAUUAAUAAAACCCAAACUUUUAUCAGAUGAGAUGGCAUUCAUAUUGAAGGUUUAAAAGGCAUAAUGUGUGCAGAUGUAAGUCAUGUGGGACCGAAUUAAAAAACGAGCGCGUCAGAUGAUUGUUGCUAAACAUU